AUGGUACUCGAUAUCGACUUAUUUCGAGCCGACAAAAACUAUGAUCCACAAGUUGUACGUGAUUCACAGAAGAAACGAUACAAACAUGUCGAAUUGGUCGAUCAAGUUAUUUCUUAUGAUAAACUCUGGCGUACGGUUCGUUAUGAGGCCGAUGCAUGGAAUAAAGUUAAAAAUUUAUCUAGUCGAACAGUGGCUGCAAAGAAACAAGCAAAAGAAAAUGAUGGUGAUUCUGAUGAAUUUAACAAAGAUUUGACUAUUAGUCUUGAAAUAAUCAAUGCAGAAUUUUUAGCUAAAUUAACAAUUAAACAAUUAAUACGACUGAGUACAUUGAUCGAUACAGAAAUUGAAAAAACAAAAGAAAAAUUGAUCAAAAUUGAAAAUGAACGAAAUAUGGCCUUAUAUGAAAUUGGUAAUCUUGUUCAUGAAUCGGUGCCUGUCAGUGAUAAUGAAGAUUUCAAUAAGAUCGAACGAAUAUUCGGUGAUUGUGGAAUACGUAAAAAAUAUUCUCAUAUUGAUCUUAUUCAUAUGAUCGAUGGUUAUGAUGGUAAACGAGGAGCAUUAGUAGCCGGAUCUCGAGGCUAUUUUAUGAAGGAUCCUGCUGUAUUUCUCGAACAGGCUAUCAUUCAAUUAGCUUUGCGCGUAUUGAAUGAUAAAGGAUUUGAAAUACUCUAUACACCAUUUUUUCUACGUAGAGAAAUUAUGCAAGAAGUAGCUCAAUUAAGUCAGUUGGACAAAGAACUUUAUAAAGUUGUAUGUAAAAAUGAUAAGCCUGAUGAACCGACCGAUGAAGUUAAAUAUUUGAUUGCUACUUCUGAACAAGCUAUUGCUGCUUUUCAUCGUGAUGAAUGGCUUAAACCCAAACAAUUGCCAAUUCGUUAUUGUGGUAUUUCUUCAUGUUUUCGUCAAAAAGCUGGCUCUGGCGGUCGUGGUACACGUGGUAUUUUUCGUGUACAUCAAUUUGAAAAGAUGGAACAAGUUUGCAUUACUUCUCCACAUGACAAUCAAUCGUGGCAAAUGUUCGAAGAAAUGAUUGGUAAUGCUGAAGAAUUUAAUAAAUUAUUAGGUAUUCCUUAUCGUAUUGUCAAUAUUGUUUCCGGUGAAUUGAAUAAUGCAGCAUCGAAAAAAUUUAAUUUGGAAGCGUGGUUUCCUGGUUCAGGUAAAUUUCGUGAACUUGUCUCCUGUUCAAAUUGCCUUAAUUAUCAAUCGCGACGACUUAAAAUUCGUUAUGGUCAAACGAAAAAACUCAAUGAAGGCGUAGAAUAUGUUCACAUGCUCAAUGCGACAAUGUGUGCAACGACACGAACAAUCUGUGCUAUCCUUGAAAAUUAUCAAACUGAAGACGGUAUUCUCAUACCAGAGAUUCUCAAACCAUUUAUGCCCAAGAAGUAUUCCGACAAGAUUCCAUUCGUCAAACUGGUACCAAUCGACCAAGAAGCCAAAGCAACAGAUGCAUCCAAAAAAUUCAAUCAAUAA